GCGGAGGCAUGUUCCACGCGGAUCCUGUCCACCGUGCCCUAGCGGCCUGUAUGAGAGGAGGACGUUGGAGAAGAAAAAGGAGCUCAAGGACCUGUACGUAACCGCUCUGCCUUAGCGCCUCUGCUGCCGACCUUGGGCCCCGCGGAGCCCACAGUACUGGCGAAAGCAGCUCCGGGUCGCUGGUCCCCGCGCUCCUGGGCCUGUGGUCCGCUCUGGGUGUGUCCCGAGCCACCACCCCUUCCUCCAACCUUCUGGCGGAGUGAAUCCACGAGGUCUUAUCCUGCUAGCUUCUGAUUCCGCCGGCUGCAAGGCCUCCGCUUUUUUCUUCUUGAAAACACACUUUAAUAAUUUAAAAGCCAGAGGAGGAGGGGCAAAACCGCACCAAAUGGCAGAUAGAAGGGGAACUGAAUAUGCGUGGAAAUAAAGAUCAUACGUAGUUCUUUUUUUUUCUUUAACUCUGGGUUGCAUGUUGUUAUAUAUCAUUUUGGCCAUUCUGUCAUUGAAUUCUUAUACUGUGGCAAGAUAUUCAAAGCGCAGCUUUUAUACUGCAAGGACUUUCCACCCUAUGAAAUGUAACACCCCCCCCCAAAACCAGUUCUCCUUAAAGAACUGGAGGAUUUCUGACUUAAGUAUAUUUCAAAAAACUGUUGCAGUACAGCAUACAGAAACCUAAGACAAACAAAGAUUACUUGUAGCCGCAAGCAUUUAUUAAAUGCUUUGCUACAAGGUAGAGGUCAUGUCUUAAAGACUGUGUUUGUAUUGCUUUUGAACAUCCUAGGCUCGUAUUGGACCUAAAAGAAAAAUAAUUUCUCUGAAGAAAACAGCUACAAAGAACCAUAGUACUAGCCAGUACUAUGAGCAUCUACUUCUAUCUUCCACUUUGACAGAAAGCAAAACCUUCACCAUUUGUUUUUCUUUGCUGACACACAGACAAAAUACUAGAAGGCACUUUGGACUUCCAUCUUUCAUGUACGAUCUAUUAACAGCCUGUCUAUUGUGCUUUUGCCAUAUUUUCUAAAUUCUUGUAUUCCCCAUGAGCUGUACAGUUAACCUACUAAAUGGCCUCCAGUUUUGCCUUUCUCCAAUCUUUUCUGACUGAAUUUCUCCAUCACAGAUAAACUCAAAUUAGUCACCUACUCAAAAAUCUCCAAUAAAGUGUUUAGGACACCCUAUUCAAUCUAUCCCCAAAUUCUUUCUAAUCAUACUCCUUAAUAAUCCCUCUCCCCUUGUACGUUCACAUUUACUGUACACUGAGGCAAAUGUAAAGAAAAAUAUAGUCUUGUUCAGAUAAGGCAUGUACCAUAAAAAAAGAAACCAAUGCAAGGAUGUAUGAAUAACAGUGAAAGACAAUAUGAAAGCCAGCACAGGCAGCAUGGCAUGGUCAAGGAAGUGAAAAAGAAAACAUAAUCUUGUGGGAGAAGUGAGCAAUGCUAAUAAUGCCUUUUAUAUUAAUCCUUUACACUUCUAUAUUACUUCACAGUUUUGAGAGAGUAACAUAAGUGUGCUUUUAUAUGCUUCAUUCCAUUUCAUUAUGUUUUUAGUUAAAACUUUUAUAUUAUUAGGGCAAGGUGGGCAUUGUUCCCAUUAAGAACAAAAAUUAAGCGCAGGAAUGUUAAAUGAGUUACCCAAAAUACACACCAAGUAUUGAUUUCCUUACCUUCCCUAAAGCACUGCCACCCUUCCCUCUGUCAAUAAUUAUUCAGUUUAAUCAUUACCAGGCUAUUAGUAAUUCUCAGAGAUUUUGAAGGCAAAAGGCAGAGUAAAAAUUCUCAAGGUGGAAUAGUCAGCUCAAAAACUUUAGUACAAAUAAUGUUAUUGUCAAAUAGUACAAACAAACUUUACCAUAUAGCUUUUAAAUUUUAACGUUUUCCAUUUUGGGCUUGUUUUUGAUAAAUUUGUAUAUGCCUGCAGAAAUCAUCAAUUUAUGGUCCCAAUUUAAAACAAAACUAAUGUCAAAAAACACCACUAGUACCCUAACAUACCCAAAAGAAAUUUGAUGCAGAGGCUAACUGAAGAAAAUGAACAUUCUAGUAAUUAUAGUUCUUACCUUCAGUCUAACUUAAGAACAAUGAAUGAGAAGGGGCUAGAGGUGUGGCACUAUGUAGAGCACUUGUCUGGCAUGCAUGAGGCCCUGGGUUCAGUCCCCACCACUGCAAAAAAAAAAAAUGCGAAGGACAACAAAAAGGUAAUUACUGCAGUGAGGAAUGAACAGCGAAAGCAGAUUAGUAAAAUGUUAUUUCUGUUUUUAAAAAGUCAAAAGUAAGGGAUGGUUUAAAAGUUAAUAACUCUUAAAAUUUUGUUAAAAGAAAUAUUAACUUCAUAAUAUUACACACCCAUACCCCAUUCCCCAACCAACUCUAUGGGUUUCAGAGGAAAAAAGGGGAAUUUAGAAACUAAAGGAAAUACUGGAGAAAGGUAGAGUACAAGACAUGAGAGAAUGGACUAUAUGAAAACUUAGGAAGGAACUGGGCAUGGUACCCACCUGUAAUACCAGCUACUACAGGCUGAGGUAGGAGGAGGAUUGCAAGUAUAAGGUUAGCCUGGGCAGUUUAGCAAGACCUCCUUUCAAGAAAUAAAGAGGGCUGGGUAUGUAGCUCAGUGAUAGAGCGCCCCUGGGUUCAAUCCCCAGUACUGCCAGAAAAAAGAAAAGAACAACAAUAAGGAGCAGGCCAGGAGUGGGUCGGAGAGGAAGGAGGAGAAGAAAAAGAAAAACAAAACUUAGAAACUAGGAGAAAGCACAGGAGUGGGUAACACAGUAUGUACACCAGAGGGAAAUUUAAGGAUCAUCUGGUUAAUCCACCCCCUUUAUUGGACAAGUAGAAACACUGAGUGCCAGGAAAACCCCCAUGUCUUGACUCCUAAGAUGUUUGUUCCAGGGCUCCAAGUUCUAUAUUCUAUUGGGUUGGAUCAGAUUUAUGAGUUAAAACACCAGUUAUUUUAUUAAUUGUAAACUCCCUUCUUGUUUUCCUUAACACCCAAUCUGUGUACUCUUUUUGUAAGUCUGCUGUUUUAUUCUAAUUUUGAUUGACACAUAGUAAGUGUACAUUUUAAUGAGGUACAAAGUGAUGUUUUGAUUAAUACAUACAUUGAGAAAUGAUGAAAUCAGGGUAAUUAGCACAUCCACCACCUUAAACUUUUUUUAAUCAGUUUUCUUUUUUAUGGUGAGUAUAUUCAAAGUUCUCCUCCUAGCCAUUUUGAGAUAUGCAACGCAUUAAUUAGUGUUAGCUAUCACUCUUCUGUGCCAUAGAACACUACAACUUGUGCUUCCUUUCUUACAUUUUACUCAUUCACCAAUCUCUCCUAAUCUCCCCCUUCCCAUUAAGUCUGCUUUUAAAUGUUUAGUUUUCUUUUACUCUGAAGAACCACUAGCCUCAAUGAUGUGUAAUCUAUUUAUGUUCACUUCACAGAAUUGUUUUUCAUCUCCAUUACUGGAUGUUCCUAUGGCUAUACCUGUAAGCUCAGAACAACCACAGUCUUCCUCUGAGUAGAUUUGUGUGUUCCAGGCAGUUGGCCUGACCUUAUUACACCAUCCUCCCAAGUAUUGGUAGCUUCAUGUUGUUAAGUGAAACAUAAGGCUUAAUGUGGUCAAAGAGGACCAGGAACAUGAGGGCACAUCUCUGCUGUUUUCAGGAAAUGUUGUACAGGAAAUGCUUACUUAAGGAAUAAGUGAAGAAGGUGAAUUGUUAAAAAAAAAAAAAUGCAAAUCUUCUUUGCUUGGCUGGGCAGAGAAAUGUUUUUAAUGGAAUCUUUGUGUGAAUCAGCUAAUCCCUGGCUAAGCAAAUGUGUAUAAUAAUAAUAUUAUAAAUAGCAGCUGUUAGCCAGUACUUGCUACCCAUCAAGCAUUUUCAUACCUUUUUAGCCCUCAUAACAGUCUUAUGUGUAUAUAUUACUACUCCAUUUUAUAACUUGGACUCAAACAGAUUAUGAACUUGAUUAACAAUUUAUCCAACUCAGACGGUGAACUAUGAUUUGUGUUCAUCAUUUUAAUCAAAGACACUGUGCUCUUACAGAACUAACAGUAUUUUGUCUCUUGAGUAAAGUUGAGUCAGAACACAUACACAUGGCCUUGAAGCAUAUAAUUUGAUAAAUCUCCCACAGAUUUUUCCCUGACCCAAGAAUUUUGACCAGGAGUAGAAGUGAUAUCAAGACAAAGAAGUAGUUAGCCAAUGGCAUGAAAAACCCAGGGACCUUCCAAUUUUGCCUCCCAGAUUAAAUAUAUAGUGUUCAAUAGUCUCUUCUCAUAUCUGCCUUAGCUAUUUGGAAUUCAAGUAUUUUAUCUUCAUCAUUUCACUCCUCUUCUGAUGAAUGUACAUAACUGAUAUGAUCUGGUGCAGCCUGGAUCCACCUGCCCAGUAUGGUGGCUAGAACCCAGGGUACAUUCAAUAAAUACUGCUUUGAAUGAAUGAAUGAACUAAUGAACAUUUUUUUCUGCAAUAAUAAGUAUAUCCGACAUUGUGAAGGACAGGCUUUAUGUCAAACCCUUCAUAUGCAUUAUUUCAUGUUUGUGACAAGGCUACAGGUAAAUGCUUGACGCUUGAGCUUAGAUUAAGUAACCCACCUAUCAUGGAAUCAAAAUCAGAUAUAGUUUCAGACCCAAUUUUCUUGGCCACUAUACAAUAUUCCUGCUGUCUUCAUCAUUAAUAAUCACUGCUUUUAUGCAUUUAGCAAUUUGUCAUGUUCCUGCCAUGGUGCAUAGUAUUUUUUAUUAUUGUAUGAAUUUAACCUCCAAAAAAAUGCAUUUACUAUCCAUUAGUAGGUAUUAUUUAUUUCUUCUAUCUCCCACCACUUUGUGACCAUAGACAAAUUAUUUCGUCUCUGAAACUCAGUUUUUCACCUAUAAAACAAGGAUGAUCAGAAGUCACAGGGUUUCUAUGACAAUUCUAGAAACUAUGUAAAUUAUCUAGUAUAGUGCUUGUAUGUGCUGGAAACAAAAUACACAUGCCCUACCCUAAGUCCCCUUUGCAUGAAUUCAGUUUACUUCAUACAAUACUAUUUUGAGAAAAAAAAAAUUGCAAGGCAGUAUCUUAGAAAUAUUAUACAGCCAGACCCUAAACAAAGUGCCUCAGAUCUCUUUUCAGCCCAAGCUAUCCGCUCUCUUACAGAAUAGGCACAAGUUAAAGGAUGAUUCCAACAGUCCAUAUAUUUGGCAGUAUAUUUUUCUAAUCCAAGAUCAACACACAUGGUUUAAGAAAUAGGUUUUGGUUUUUCAAAAUUGAAGUAUUAUACAGUAAAGUGUCUAAUCUCAAGUAUACACUAGAAGAUUACACAAGGAUACACCCCUGUAACCCCACCCAGGUCAAGAUAUGGAAUGUUUCCAUAUCUUCCCCCUAAAAUCAUAGUGAUUUAAAAUCAACAAAGAUCAUCUAAAACCAGAACUGAAAACCGGAAAACAAAUAAAGAACUUCGAAACCUGGGCAACGGGAUGGUUGGAUUUGGAAAAGGGUAUUAGGUAAGAGUAAGACAAACCCCACGUUGGUCUUCUUUUGAAAAGUGGAUGUAGGGAGCUUCUAUGCAUUCACGUUCAUUUUGUCCAUUGAGCCUCACAAUAAUUCUGCGAUAUAGUCAAGACUUAAUCCUUUUGAGCAUCGUGAGAAAACGAACUUGUUCAGGGUUGCCGAGAAUACCGUCACCCCAAGCAGAAGAAAGAAUAUGCUUAGCAAAUCCAAGCCACGUGGCAGAGGGACGGAAGAGCCUGGCAUCAGGUUACCAGGCAGCUUCGCUCCACCGAGGGUAUAAAGACUCAGACCAGCUGUCCUUGAACACGGGUGCUGAACUCCGCCGCGGGAGCUUUGAAUUUCUCUGAGGCUACCUUGCAGGAACCAUCUGACCCUGAACUCCAGGUUAUCUCUAGCACAGGGUCAAGGGGAUAGGCACCUGCCACCAGAUGUGGUGUCUGGAGAGGCUACUGCGCAGCAGGGAGGGGCUUCUCCUGAGUAGGUCCCGGCGUGCCAGGGCCCGCUCGCCCACCGCUUGUGCCAACGUGCUCACUCCCGACCGUAUCCCGGAGUUCUGCAUCCCACCAAGACUUGCGCCCAACCUGGCCUUGGCUACACUCCAGAAUUCUUGGGGUGAAGAUACAGCGAUUGACGAGGGCGCUGGCCUCACGGACUGGGACCCGCGCUCACAGGCCGCGCUCUCGCUGCCUCACUUGCCCCGCGCGCUCACCGCCUACGGCUUCUGCACGCUACUGGAGAGCCCGCACACGCGCCGCAAGGAGUCGCUCUUUCUGGGGGAUCUCGGAGCCGCGGAGCUCCAGCGGCAGCUCGCCGCCCAGCCAGUGCCCCGACCCAAGGCGCACACCUACGGCCGCGACGAAGGAAGAGACGUCCCCGGCUUGUUCCUGCGAGCCCAGGACGUAGCUCCCGCCGCGGCACCUGUCUGUCCUUGUCCGCCCCGGGACGCUAUCUGCCCGAGGCCCUGCGGUCGCCGCCUCCUGCAAGCACCCAACAUGCUGCUGAGCCGUGCGUUAAAGGCUCGGAGGAGUCGGGGCUUGGCUCGCGCCCGCUCAGUCUCCAACCGGAACGAAGAGGAGGAGGGCGGCGCCACCUCUCAGUCCACAGCUCUGGCCCCGGUGUGCCAGUUGCCGGCUCCGGGCCCACGGCCCAAGCUCCUGGAGGCCGAGGGCAAUGUGGCUCUGGACUGCGCUGGCUGCGUCCUGCGCCUGGCAGCCGAGUACUGCCUGGAUAGUGGGCGCCUCCGCAUCAGGCUGCUGCGUGCCGAAGGCCUGGCGGGAGGUACCCCCGAGCCACGUGCGGUUGGUUGCCGCAUCAGCCUAAUCCUGCAGCCGCUGGGCGCCACGCUCAAGCAGAGCAGCUCGGUGCUGCGACGGAGCGGCAAGUUCUCCAUAGACCAGGACUUCUGCUUUGAAGGGCUCACGGAAGACCAAGUGCGCCGCCUGACAGUGCGCGUCAAGGCGGAGAACAAGGGCCGUGGCCUGCAGCGGAGCCGCUUGCUUGGCCAGGGCGAGCUGCUGCUGGGCUCCCUCCUGCUCUUCUGAGCCCCUCCCUCGUGCGAGUUUGUCAUGCUGGGGACUCUUGGACACUGACAGCAGCCUUGUACAAAAUAAAUGUGUAUCUGUUUUUCUAAUUAGGCCUUCGUUUCAGUCCACUAUUGUCAGAGAUGAUAUUGGAUUGACUUUCACAGUAAAGGAAGUUAUUUUUUUGGUGUAGUUUGAUGUCUUGAUAAUUCUUUUCACCAAAUGGAAUGAUGUUCUUCACUUUCCUAAUGAUAUAGCCCAAUUGCAUCUCCUAAAUACCACACACUUCUGUUGGGAAGUGCCGUGUUAGGUUUUUCUCAUUUUAAAAUUUGUUCAUUUCACUACAUCCAUUGAGACCAUCUUAUGGAUGUAGUGAAAUGAACAAAUUUACUAAACAGUUCUAAAGCACUGUUUAAAACCCUGGAUAUGAAAAUGAAGUCAAGAAAGAUAAAAUGGUGUUUCCAUGGUUAACAGUGAAUUGCCUGGAACACCAAUCUGAUACACUUACCUACCCAGCUUGCUGGAGAAAAUGAAACCAUUUUAAUAUUCUAAGUUUAAGUAAUAAUCAUAAUAGUUUUACAAGCAUUAACUUACUUAAUUCCUGAAGAAAAAAACUCUAAAUAGUAGGUACUGCUAUCCCCAUUUUACAGAUGAGGAUAUUAAGGCAUAGAAUGAAGAACAGAGUCAGGGUUUGAAGUUAGACUUUCAGUAUCUCAUCCAUUACUCUCAUAUAAGUAACACCAUAGUAUCUAAAGUGCUGAUCUCCUUAAAGAGGGGAUUCAGCAACCUAUCUAAGAUUGCUGACUCUGAGGUUGGUGUCUCCUCACAUUCCUCAUCCUCUUCUGGAAAAGUAAAUUAGUUGAAAUGGGUCAUUAAUUAAUUCAUGCAUUAAACAUUAAGCACUGAAAUGGGCUGGUAUGCCUGAGGCUUUGAAGAGAAUUGGACUCAUAACCACAAAAAACUGGUGCCUCUCUUACUGGCUGGCACCAGCUGAACUAAUCUGCCAGAACAAACAGUCUGGAGUGGAUGUAUAACAGUGUUCUACCUCUGGCUUCUGAUAAUAAUAGAUUUACUAUGUUUUAAAGGAUGCUUUAUUCUUCAUACUUCAUAUUCAUCAAGCAUAUUUAUUCCUCUCUGAUGCAUAUAAGAGGAAAAUGUAUUCUAAAUGAGAGUUGAAAACAUUAAAAUAUGUGGUGUGGUGUUAACUAUCACUACAUUAUCA